AUAGUCCGAUUCUGGAUUACAACUCUGAUGAUAACGGGGAUGAGUUUGCCGGCAGCGAGAUCACGAGCGCUGCUACUAGCAAGACAUCUUCUCCGUGCAAGGUGAGUUUCUUGUCUUAGAUCUCUAAUCAGCUCAUACUAACGUUUCUUCAUGUCGCAGAUUAACGAGUCCCUUCUUGACUCUCCCAAAUACGCAGUUCCCGCAACGCAAACCGAUCCAGCCUGGCGCCACCGCGACCUUCCUCCCCUCCCCGCCCCCGGCUCAACCGAGGCAUCCUACAAGCUCGAAAGCCUCACCAAAUUCUCGACCCCCUCUCAAGAAUUCCAAGACCGCUACUCGACCUCCUUCACCAGCACCCCGCAGCAGCAAGACACGCACCGCUACCGACGAAGCGGGGGUGCGGGCGCGGCAGGCGGGACUAGUUCGAGCUACCGCAUGUCGCUCCCGCCUCAAUCGCCGCGGCACAGACAGUCCUCGUCGCCGCCACCGCCGGCUGGCGGCCGCUCGUUGCAGAACUCGAGUCUGCUGGCGACGCCGCGGCGGGAGGCGAAGCUCCCCCUGCGCGUGAUGAGGACGGCGGCCGUCCCGCCGCAGUCAGCGACGGCCGGCUCGGGCGUGAACGCGUCGCCGAGUACGACGUCGUCGGCGGCUUCUGUGGCAUCGGAUGGAGAGGUCAGACGGUCUUUGCUCGACGACAUUUCGCGGAUGACGUUUGGCGGCGACGCGAGCGUGAGCGUGAGCUCGGGUCGCGCGAGCUGCGACGAUGCCAGCAGUAUCAGCAGCGGGAGCGCGAAGGGUCUUUUGCUGGCAUCCGACGCGGGCGCGACGACGAUGACGACAAUGACGACUGUGCUGGAGCCUCCUCCUGCGACGUUUGGCGUGCUGCAGCGGCAGUUUUGGCAGAUGGAGAAGAUCCUGGAUGCGCUGACGUCACCUGUUGGAGGCAUGAUUGUCGCCAACCGACCGCUCCGGCUGUCGCCCGAGCUCUUCCUCACGAGCGAGACGGGCAGCUUACCCGCGAUGGCGGACAAGAUCGUGUGCUGCCAGCUGGUGAUUGUCGAGAUGCUCAAGUUUGAGAGCGAGCCCUCGCUGGCGCGGUUGACAAAAGUCGAGCGCGUGAUCGAUAUGAUUGAGGCUCAUUUGAACGGCAGACUGAAAUCCGGCAGCAGCAGCAGCAGCAGCGCGGCCUCGGCUUCGGCGGCAGGUCAGCGGCUCUCAACCUCUUCGUCUUCGUCGUCAUCGUCGUCGGCGGCGGGCACUGCUGGAGCGGCGGCGGCGGCGGCUGCGAAGCGCCGCGAGUCGACAGGUAGUAGUUUCUCCACCGGCGAUCUUUACUCAAACCGAGCGCGAUCGAGCUACGGUCGUGAAUUUGGAGGUAUAGCAGAGGCGGGGUCGUCGAGGCCAGAGCUGGCAAUGUUGUCGGCGGGUACCCCGUCGAGCAGCAGCGUGAGCAGUGGGAGUAGUAGCGGUGUUGCCGGGCCCGCGACGCCGACCUCGUCAAUCACGACCACGCCACCGCGUAAGAAGUCGGGCUCGAGCAGCGGUAGCAGCAGCGGCUGGCGAAGUCUGCUAAAGUCACGGGGAUCGUCGUCGUCGUCGUCGUCGUCGUCGUCGUCGUCGUCGUGCGCGACGAGUAUGCAGUCGAGCAGCUACCGCCAGCCGCAGCCGCAGGGCGCGCCGAAUCAGAUAAGCAUGCCGAACGGGAUGGUGAACGUGAUGGACCGGGAGAUGUCGCGGGUGAGCACCAAGAUCCGGGACGACGUGCUCAACGGGCCGUUUUCAAAGUACGUGCAGGUGCUGGCAAUCAUGUUUGAGCACGGGCUCGCGCUGCGGGAGGCGCGGCGGCAGGUGAGUGCGCGCGAAGGGUCGAUUGGCGGGCGCCGGGCGGAGAUGGUGGUGGCGCACAUCGCUGAGGUGUUUGAGCGGGCGGUGUGUGGGUUUGUGAUUUCAGACGUGCGGGCGUUGGAGGAGCGGAGCCAGAGUGGCGAGCGCGUAUGAGUUUAGGUUGGAUUUGGUUUAGCGAGUAGGCGAGAGCGUGUAGCGUGU